AUGACAGAAAAUAAUUCAACAAAAUAUAAUAUUCAAUACUGUUAUAGAUAUCAAGCUUGCUUAUAUUGUGGAGUUGUCUUUAAUUGUCUCUGUAAAAGUGAAAGAAAGUCAAUAUCAAAGUUCAAGAGAAGGAGUUAUAGUUAUAUUUACACUCCAACACAAGAUAUUUCUCAAACUAACUUCUUAAGAGAAAAGAACGAUUCAUAUAGUUAUGGAAUUGACUUUAACUACACAUUUAGUUUUUCAUUUUGUUCAAAGUGUAACAAUAGAUAUCAACAUAUUAAAUCAUUUACAAAAAUCAUUGAAACUCCAAUAGACAUUAUUACAUUAAACACUAAUUCUUCUGACACUGUCACUAGGACAAGUAUUUCGAAUUUAAAGUUUAAGCUACUAUUUAAACUUUAUGAUGGUAGUACUAUACCUGCUAAGUGGAUAAAUCUUAUAUUACUUGAGUUUGAAGAGUUUGAAAAUUUUCAAGAGAGGAUACUUUGUCAAAUCUAUUCUUUAUUGGAUGACAAUACAAUUAAGCAAAAAA